AGAGAACUAGCCUGACCUGGACUUGCCCGGCAGAAGCGACAGUGGUCGGAGGGCGACGAGAUUUUAGGGGCAGCACCUGAAGCACAAUUCGAGUCCUGCGCCAGGGCACGGGCCAUUGUCCGGAUCCAGAAAGUCGGUGCCUCUUCCUUUGCAGGUCACCGGGGAAGAAAAAUGGCCAGUGAUACACCAGGUUUCUACGUGGACAAACUUAACAAAUACUCCCAGAUACACAAAGUAAAGAUUAUAUAUAAAGAAAUUUCUGUUACAGGACCUCCACACGACAGAAGGUUUACAUUUCAAGUUAUAAUAGAAGAGAGGGAAUUUCCAGAAGGUGAAGGUAGAUCAAAGCAGGAGGCGAAAAAUAAUGCUGCCAAAUUAGCUGUCGAAAUACUUGAUAAUGAAAACAAGGUGGAUAGUCACACGGAUGCUUCUGAACAAGGUUUAAUAGAGGGGAACUACAUUGGCCUUGUCAAUUCUUUUGCCCAGAAGGAAAAUCUGCCUGUAAAUUUUGAACUGUGUGACCCCGACUCCCAAUUGCCUCACAGAUUUAUUUGUAAAUGCAAAAUCGGGCAGACUACGUAUGGUACUGGUUUUGGCGCUAACAAAAAGGAGGCAAAGCAGUUGGCUGCCAAAAAUGCGUAUCAGAAGCUGUCAGAGAAAAGCCCAUCGAAAACUGGCUUUGUCACAUCUUUAUCCAGUGACUUUUCCAGCAGCUCGUCUAUAACAAGUAACUCUGCUUCUCAGUCAGCAUCUGGAAGGGAUUUCGAGGACAUAUUUAUGAAUGGUCUCAGAGAAAAAAGGAAAUCAGGAGUAAAAGUGCCAUCUGAUGACGUGCUAAGAAAUAAAUAUACCUUGGACGACAGGUUUAGCAAAGAUUUUGAAGACAUAGAAGAAAUUGGCUCGGGUGGAUUUGGCCAAGUUUUCAAAGCAAAACACAGAAUCGAUGGAAAGACGUAUGCUAUUAAGCGCAUUACAUAUAACACCAAGAAGGCAAAGCGUGAAGUACAAGCACUAGCAGAACUCAAUCACGCCAACAUUGUUCAAUACCGAGUUUGUUGGGAGGGAGAGGACUAUGACUAUGAUCCCGAGAACAGCACAAACGGUGACACAAGUCGAUACAAGACCCGGUGCCUCUUUAUCCAAAUGGAAUUCUGUGAUAAAGGAACUCUGCAGCAGUGGUUGGAAAAGAGAAAUCGGAGUCAAGAGGACAAGGCUUUGGUUUUGGAGUUAUUUGAACAAAUAGUGACAGGAGUGGAUUAUAUACACUCGAAAGGUUUAAUUCAUAGAGACCUUAAGCCAGGUAAUAUAUUUUUAGUGGAUGAAAAACACAUUAAGAUCGGAGACUUUGGCCUUGCAACAGCCCUGGAAAAUGAUGGAAAUCCUCGAACAAAGUAUACAGGAACUCCUCAAUACAUGAGUCCAGAACAAAAGUCAUCGUUAGUGGAAUAUGGAAAGGAAGUGGACAUCUUUGCUUUGGGCCUUAUUCUAGCUGAACUUCUUCACAUAUGCAAAACUGAUUCAGAGAAAAUAGAGUUUUUCCAACUUCUAAGAAAUGGCGUCUUCUCCGAUGAUAUUUUCGACAACAAGGAAAAAAGUCUUCUACAGAAAUUACUCUCAAGUAAACCCAGGGAACGACCCAAUACGUCUGAAAUCCUGAAGACUUUGGCUGAGUGGAAGAACAUCUCGGAGAAAAAGAAAAGAAACACGUGUUAGGGCUUUUAACUGCAGUCUGAAGUGGAAUGUCAGAGAACAAUGAACUUCUUCUCUUAACACUCUCCCAGACAGGUUUUGGUAAGGGUGACCCAAAGACAUUGUAUUUAUCGGCUAUGAACAAGUAUGCCCGUUUCCUCAAUUGUUAAUUGUCGGACCUGUGGCUGGCUAGCCAAAUAUGGAAAUGUUUGUUUCUUUCUCGUCUGCCCGAAGAGAAAGCCAAGCCGCGGUGGAGAAGGUCACUUAACCCCCAAUGCUAACUGAAGGCCUAAGGCUUUUGACAUACUAAAGAGCUGGCAGCCAGAGCUGGGAGAGAAGAACCUGCAGACAGGCAGGCAGAGACACAAAGACAUGGACUAGAAUGAAACAGGGAGGUAGAGAGAUUGAGAGACAGAGCCACAUGGAGAGACGAAAUGGCAGAGUAGUAGGCUUAAGUUAGAUGAGCUAACUGAGAGACUGCCCCAGAAAACAGGCCAACAGCCUUAUACACAGAUGUCUCAGUGUCUAUCAUUAAACUCCAAGCAGGAUCAAUGAAGGCCCUACAAUAGGUUUUUUUUUCUUGUUACUUCAAAAACAAUCUUACAAAGUUAUUUUCUUGACAGUUUCAUAUGUGUAUUGUAUCCUGAUCACACUCCAAACCUUCUGCUGUUCAUGCCUUAUCAUGUAAACUAUAACCUCUGAACGUGGGAGUCCAAAUUGUCCAUCUGUCCUUAAGUUGCUUCUCAUAGGUAGUUUAGUCGUUGUGAUGAGAAAAGUAAUGAAAUGGUACCAGAAAUGGGGUUUUGUCGCAAUAAACCUACUGUGCGGUUUCUUGGACUUUCAGGACUGGUUUGUGGGAAGAAUGUGGAAAAGUUUGAAGCAGCAGGCUAGAGAAGUCCUCAGAUGGUAUACGUCAAUCUUAAUUCUGGUAGCUCAGAAGUCUUUGCCAAAAAGGAACCCAUUGGGAAUUGGACUAGAUGCCAGGACAUUUGUGUACAAGUCAAAAGACUGGUGAGGGAAAUUUCAAGACAUUCAGACUGUGGCAUGGUGGUUAUCUCCUUCUCAUAGCUAGAAUUAUAGAGCAAAUUAGGAAGGAGUGAGGGGUAAGAAGUGAGAGAACAAAGAUCUGGGAAUGAGUGCCUUCAAAGACGAGGUCGGUGCAAAGCUGUUAAAGCGAUUAGUGCACUGAGGGAAGCCAUGUACUUUCCAUUGCUGCCAUUAUAGGAACAAGACUACAGCCACGGGCGGCUGCACAGCAUGGAAAGUAAAAGCCCUUUAAAGGUCUUUCGUGUCAAAAGUUCCAGCAGGUGCCACAGCCACUCCAGUGGAGUCUGUGUGACAGGAAGCUCUUGUGCUUCGUUUCUAUGCAGAACAGAGGCCUGUGCCUGGAAUGGCUUGUCCUCCUGGAGGUCCUGGCAGUCUCCCUGCAAAAAGAUGGUGACCAGGGUCUAUGCUUUCAGUGGAAUUGCCUUCUGUGUUCUAGCCUUGGUGAUCUUAGCGAUUUUAAGCCUGUCAACAAUAUCUGAUUUUAGGAAUAUAGCAGGGUGGGCAGAUGAUCAUGUAUCUUUAGAUGUCUCAGGCACUGAAAUAAAUAAAUGUCUCACACCAUCAUGGUCCUGAUGAACUCAAUGGCUGCAAUGAAUUCAACUGCUGUAUCCAUUAGUUCCCAGAAAAUAGGAGAGAAAUUAAUUGCAGUUACUAAGAACAUGACUGUUCCAGAAAAAUCUUUCCCCCCUUUUGGGAAAGUUUUGUUUAGCAUGAUUCAGAAUAGUAAUGAUUCUUUUAAAAAGAUCAUAGACAACUUCCAACAAGUUGAACAAACUUAACAAGAGUUAACUAUGGUUACAAAAGCUUCCUUACUAUUCUGAGGGGCCAUAAAUAUAAUAGAGUUUAAACUUUAUUAAAACAAAGGUAAAUGAUGAAUACAUACCUGGUGCCCACCAGUCUGGCAGUAUAACUGCAGUUUUCUAAACUAUUGUUUUCAGCUGAGAAUUGUUUUCUAGACUGUAUGUUCCGCUUUCCUCCUUGCAAGGGACAUUUGGUGAGGUGAUGAAUAAGAGCUAGAUGAUUGCCAAUUAUGAUGUAUCUGUUCUAACUGUUUAAGUCUAUGCCAAAAAGUAAAGCUUUUUACAACAACACA